AUGGAUCAAUAUGAUAGUAUAUGUUGUCAUACACUAAUAAAUUUUUUUUAUAUAUAUCAUUUUGCAUUUUAUGCAUAUCAUGCUCGAUAUAAUGGUCAAUAUUCAGGUUUAGCAUUAACAACAAGUUGUUGUUUUAUUGUUCAUUCAAUGUUUUAUUUUUUUCAUCAUUUUGAAUUAUCUGUUAUUGAAGGUCAACUUGUUCAUGUAUUUGUUGAUCAAAAUAUAAUAACACAAACACCUUUACCACAAACAGAAAGACAUAGAAAAGAAAAUUCACCAUCGACCACAACUUAA